CACGAGGCCGCGGGGUAUUAAGAUAGAUUUAUCAUCAUCAUCAUGCCUCCCAGCACUGAUCGCGGUGAUCUCUCGUGAUUUCUCGCGCAACUUAGCCUGAAUGGGUCAGGGGACGCUGCCUCAGACGUAUGCUGGAUGUUUCGGCGCUGAUGCGCGAAGCGGACCAUUCAGUGGAGGGACCCUGAUGGCCCCCUUUUCUCCUCCCCCUAUCGCCUGGUAUCUCGCGCUCCCUCGCUUUCAGCCCUCGCCUUUUCUUGUCUCCCACCUCCUCCCCGAUACUCCUCCUUUUGGUACAUUUUUUACAUCGUCUUUGUACAUUAGCUCUGUGUUGUAUUUUGUUUUUCAUGUUUCACUACUUCCGACUUGGCUCUUAUGGUCACUCCCAUUAACCUUCGUCUGUUUUCUUUUUCCUCUUUGUAUGUACGAGCACGGGUCCGGGUCACGCGUCGCGCGCAUGCUGCCAAUUCCACCUGGCCCUUUGUGGCCGUUUCCCGCUACUAAUGCCUGAUAGCCCUGAUUAGCCACUUUGAAUAUAGAUACGCGCAGACGGACGUUCACAAGAUUAUCAGUUUUUGCCUAAGCUUACAUCUGAUCUCGCGAGUGUGGCCGCUGAGGUAGCGGAUUGCCUUAUACAGAAUCCCUACAUUAUAAGACUUCUAUCUCUUCUAAUGGCUUGGCGACAGCAAAGGAGACCGAUGAUC